AUGAAACCUUUGCAGAUCCUCCAACUUAGUGCUGCGAAACUGAACAAUACCCCCAAAGCGGAAAUUGAUGUGUUGUUUUUCAAUCGGGUUCCAAAGACCGGCAGUAUGCAGCUAAUUGAGCUGAUGAGACAGCUGGGUAAAAUCCACGAUUAUGAGGUGGAAAAAGAUCCUCAGAAUGGAGGUGUCGUUCCCCUGUUAGAACCCGCCGCGGAAAGCGACAUGAUCGAUAAUAUUGCCAACCUACAAGAUGGUACAGUAUUCGCCAGUCACGUUAAUUACCUGAACUUCACCAAGUAUGAGCAACCGAGGCCCAUUUACAUAAACAUGGUCCGGGAUCCAGUGGAGAGGGUCAUUAGUUGGUAUUACUACAUUCGGGCUCCGUGGGUCUUUGUGCCCGGAAGGCGGAAGAAUAACCGCGAAAUGCCAAAUCCCAAAUGGGUUAACACCGAGUAUGAUCAGUGCGUGGAAAGUGGCGAGAAAGUCUGCACCUACAUUGAGAAUUCCCUGUUGGAACAUGUGGGCGACCAUCGGCGACAGACCUUGUUCUUCUGCGGUCACAAUGAGUUCAAGUGCACGCCCUUUAAUGCUCGUCUGCCCCUGCAAUUGGCCAAAAUGAAUGUGGAGCGAGAGUACGCUGUGGUGGGAACUUGGGAGCACACAAAUGAAACCCUGGCUGUUCUGGAGGCCUACAUACCUCGCUAUUUUGCAAAUGCCUCCAAGAUGUAUUACUCGGGUCUACACGCCGAUCGUCAGAAUACCAAUCCCAUGAAGCCGCAUAUUUCGCAGCAUAUAAUCGAUAUGGUUCGUCGAAACUUUACACGGGAAAUAGAAUUCUAUCAAUUCUGUCGUCAGCACCUACAUAAACAGUAUCUAGCCCUUAAGCUGAAUGAUCUCAAGAAGUUUGACAAGGGUCUGUCCAGAUUAAGUGAGGCCAACGAAAUGGCCAUAGGAAACUAA